CACAUGUGCGUUCAAGUUCAGGGAACACAGAUAUCACCCGAGGAAUACCACAGCGACGCCGGGUGGACGCUCGCGGGGGAACGCAUGUCGAGGCUGCGCCAGCGGACCCCCGCCAGCGGCAAGCCCGACGGACCCGGCGGGAGUGAAACAAGCACGAGGUCAAAAUUCUACAAGAACGUCAGAGCCUCGGCCAUCAAGGCAGCACGCAUGCCAGCCAUGCCACUAGAAGAAACCAAGAUAGUUGUCAGACCCAGAGGGGGACUCGACAUCGUCAAGACCGGCACCACCACCGUCGCUGCGGCCAUACUCGCUGCGGCCAAGAUCACGAGCGAGGAAAGCGCCGCGGACACCAUCUGCCCCGACACACAACAGAACAUCAUGGUCGUAAGUACACCAAACGAAGACAACGCGGCAAGGUACGCUAAAAUCCAGGAAAUAUCUAUUCAAGGCAAACCCUACGAGGUCAGCGCAUAUCGCACGGCACCUCACGACACCGUGAAGGGCGUCAUCAGAGGUAUCCCCAUCGACGCGAGCGCCGAAGAGCUAGAUAAAAACAUCGUCAACGAGAGGAACCCGCUAGCAGUGGCCGCAAAAAGGAUUGGAAGCACGACCACUGCGAUUGUGGUGUUCCAGGGACCCAAGGUACCGAACUUCGUCCGAUACGGAGUCACCCUGAUACCGUGCCGCCUCUACAAGAAACAGAUCGACGUCUGCCAGCAGUGCGGCCGAGUGGGACACCGCAAGGACGUGUGCCCGACCCCCACAAUCAAGACGUGCCUAGCCUGCGGACUCGAGAAUCCUACAGAAGACCAUCGCUGUACCCCAAAAUGUAAGUUGUGCGGAGACGAACACCCGACCGGAGACCGAACGUGCAAGGCGAAAUACAACAUCUCCUACGUAGUGCGCAAGCGACAAUGGGAGCGCCGACAGGCCGAACGCCAGCUGCUGUCGGAGAGCGAUUUCCCGCCACUCGACAAGCCGCCAGCUGCGCGAAAGUCAAGGACUCCAUCGGAAAACCGCGCGCCCAAAUCCAGAGACAGCAGUUGCUGCAAGAGAAGUCUGAGCAGGAAAACGUCACCAUCACGUGAGCGAGUGAGCUGGGUCGACGCAGCGAAAGGAAACAACAUAAGGAACGCGCAGAAAAUCACCGAAACCACGAAGAAAGAAGAUAUGAAUAAGGUCCGGGAGGCAAAUGAGCUCCUAAGACAAGAAAACGCGGCGUUGCGAGCGACCAUCAACAACCUCACGAAAGAGAUCGCCGAGAUCCGUCAAAAACAAACAAUGGAGACCUACCAAGCCGAAAACACGAACAGAUUCGCCUACAUCGAAAGGACCCUACAGCCGAUGGUAAGCCACCCGACGUUUGCGCCCCUCUUCGCGCAACAUCCACCCAACCAGGGAGCCCCGUACACGCCAACCAAGUUCUCGCUGCGUCACAGUGACGUUACGUCGAACGAGCACGGCGGCGACCGGCGACGGGCGUGGCGGGGAAACGGCCGGCGUGCCACAUCGCCCCUGGCCCCACGCCACCCGCCACGCGGGGUGUAG